AUUUCCCUUUUCUCUUUGUUUUUGUUUUUUCCCAUUUCUUUAUUUUAAUAAAACACAACAAAUGAUCGAUAUACACAAAGAAUCUAUCUGGACUUCAUCAAUGGAGACAACAGAAGAUCGGUCGAUCCCACCCGAAUUACUUUUAUCUCUUCGACAACACUCUAUUUUUCAGCGAGCUAAUAACGAGAGCUUUCUUGAAAAGUUGGCUUGCUGUAUGCAUUUACGUACUUACUCUCCACGUGAUGUCAUUAUUGUCGAAGGCGAACCAGCUAAAGCCAUGUUCUUUUUAUUAAGAGGUUCAGUCGACGUAUGUUCUGCUGAUUUUGAACGCAUAUAUGCUACACUGCCUAAAGGGUCUUGCUUUGGUGAAAUUGGUAUCUUAUAUUCCAUGCCUCGUACUGCAACUGUCAUUGCGAGUACCAAAUGCAUUGUGGCAGCUCUCACCGCUGAGGAAGUACGAACCUUAUUACCGCUAUAUCCCGAAGUUGAGAAAGUGCUUCGUUUUGAAGCAGAAGAACGUUUAGCUUUACUUUUCAAGAGUAAAAGUUUAAACACUCAAGAGAAAAUUAGCACAAAACCAUUGACAGAACGUAACGUGCAGGAUUUCACUAGCACCCGACAUUUACUGCAAAAGAUUCCCUAUCUACAAAACUGUCCCGAAGAAUUUCUGCACUUGACAUCACUUAAAGUUGAACCACGUCACUAUGCGCCCAACGACUUGAUCCUUCAUAAAGGAGAACAAGGAAAAGAAUUGUUUUUCAUAAUAAGUGGCACGGUUGAAGUUACAAACAUUGGCACAGCCACUCCAGAUCCUUUGACUCCUAUCGAACGCUUAGCCGCAGGUGAUUAUUUUGGUGAUAUAGCGGUCCUAUUAAAUGCACCACGUGCUGCCGAUGUCCGAGCUGUUACCGCUGUUGAAUUAUAUGUCCUGAAAAAAUCUGACUUCAUUGAUGUCAUUAGUCGUUUUCCUGAAUUACAAAAACGUUUUAAAGCAAUGGCCGAAAGUUCUUUAUGUAAUUUAAAGUUGAAGGCCUCGUUAUUAAAUAAAGUAGACGCUGAUACAGACGUAUCUAGUCCCCCAUCAGAAAGUUCUCCUGCGAUACCAGUCAAUAUCUCGAUAGAAGCAAGUUCAGUAUGUAGCACCACAAGUGACCAAGAUCCAACCUUAUUACCGCCCACCGCAGCAAAUGUCCUUAAAAAAGUUGAAACCCGAAGAAGGAGAGGAAGUGUUGCUAUCUGGUCAGACCCAGGUUUAGUGGCACUUGCAAACAAGGCCAUGAAACCCACCAAAGAUGAACCAGAAGAGUCUAAAAUGAGAGAGGAUCCCAUCGUACCUACUUUACCUGUCCAAACGGGCUUUGAGGGAGAUGGUCGAUUAGUUUCAUUUAACGAAGAAAUCUUGGGUCUUAUUGUAAACAGCAUGGAUAUUGCAACCAUCAUUCAAUUUUCAGCAGUCUCAAAAAAAUGUAGAGACUUCAUUUUGCGUAACGACAAGAUUAUGCAUUCUGUAGACCUGAGUCAUUUCAACAAACAUGUCACUGACAGCGCCGCACCAAGUAUUGCUGCACUUAUUGGAAAUCGUGUACGAGAAUUGAAUUUAUCGCAAUGCUUUUAUAUAACAGACGAAGGAUUUAAAACGUUGAUUGAAAAUAUGACAAAUCUGGAAUCAAUCGACCUAAACUCAUGUUGGCUCUUGACCGACAAGAGUUUAACGUUAUUGGCUGCCACUUGUCCUCAUCUCACCAAAUUGGAUCUCUCAAAUUGUCGAAAGAUCAGUGAUAUUGGUAUUUUCAAACUAUUGGAUGAAAAGGCGACGCGAGGUUACCCUGAACUAUCCGAACUAUCGUUGUCUUACUGCAAAAAAUUAUCAGACAUGACCAUGAGUCAUUUGGCAGAAUUCUGCUCCAAAACUUUAUCUUCGCUUAAUAUCCAGAGAUGUACUCGGAUCACAGAUCAAGGCUUUGUUAAAUGGGCUGAUACUCAAUUCCCACAAUUAAAAGCAUUAAACCUUACAGACUGUAGCUUCCUUACCGAUCAAGCUAUCUCACAUUUAGUAUCUGCUGCUCCCAAUCUUCACAGUUUAUCGCUCAGUUUCUGUUGUGCUUUAUCCGAUAGUGCGAUUGAGGGUCUGAUCUCCUUACCUGAACUACAAAAUUUGGAUGCAAGCUUUUGUGGUGCUGCCGUAUCAGAUGUGUCCAUUCGGGCACUUUUGAACUCUAAUUCAGCUGAAUCCAUGAGCUCACUUAAUCUUCGAGGCUGUGUACGUAUCACUGACAUGUGCAUUAAUUCUAUUUUAGAGUCUAGCAAACUAGAGUUAUUAAAUAUCAGUCAGUGUCCCGGUAUAAGCGUAGAUGCCAAACAAACUAUAAAGAAGUCAGGGGCUGUUCAUCACUUAGUUGCAUAACCAUUACAAAAGAAAAAAAGAAAAAAAAAAUCAAAUAAUGAUCGAUGUUCGCGUAUUGUAAAUAGUAAUAAAUAAUUGAUAAUAUUUUUGAAGCAUAAUAAAUCAAGUCAUCAGCAUAUUACAUAAUA